CCAGGUAUCCUGUUUAUCUCUUCCUUGUGCCAGCUACUACCCGAGUCUACCCCCAGUCGCCUGUUAUACAUUUUCCUCCUCUUGGGGACCUCUGCAAUCUGCUGCCUCUUGCUGCCAGGGACAGUGGUGGAAAGGCUCUGAGGUUCCACUAUGCCUGGCUCUCAGCCUGGUUCUCUCCUCCUAAGCUUCUGGUUCCUCAAGCCACUGUUCCUGUUAGAUUGCUGUACCGUUGCCUUGUGCAUUCCUGAUGAGUAUCUUUUUGUAGCCUGCCACUACAUUGGCAUCUGUGGUGGCUUUUCUUCCAUUCUGUUGGUAUUUGUCAAAGCCCUGGCACAUUCCUGGAACAAGAACUGCUGUGCUUCUGUUUUACACCACACACAUCCAGCUGGUUGCCUGCUCAACAGGAUGCUAGUCCGCACCUGUUUUUGUGGCCUGCUCCUCUUCUUCUCCAUCAUUCCUUGCAUCUGCCUGAAGCAAUCCCCAAAUGGCCUUCUACAAGCCUGUAUCAGCUGCUGGGUCAUGUAUCUGACCUUCUCUGCAUUAUCCAGUGGUCUUCCAGAGAAGAUAGGACCUGGACUGCCAAUGCCAAGAGUUUUUCUGCUCUCAUCAAAUAACCACACAGCAUGUCUGCCUGGCCUGAGUAGAACGAAUCACCAAAUACCACAUACUCCACUACCAGUGCUGAGUGCUGCCAUCAUGUAUGCUUAUGUGCUGUUUGCUUGCAAUAAGGUUUCCUAUCUGGCUGAAUACUUUGGGCCCUUGUGGAUCAAGGUUUACAGCUAUGAGUUCCAGGUGAGGAUCAAGAGCUCUGUACCCCCAAUAUCCCCCCAACACACAGACACAGACACACACCCCCACCAACCUCCACCCACAAUGCUCAGAUUCUAUCUAAGGCCCAAGUAUUCGCUAACAAGUUUUUAGUUCCACAGCCAUGAAGAAGCAGAGCUGGAAAAGACAUUCACUAAGGGAGUCUAA